AUUACAAUACUAACCUUUGGGGUGAACGGCCAAAAUCAAGAUGCGAUUAGACGUUUGUUUUAUUUGUUUAGUUUUUAUUACGUUUCAUGGCAGUACUAAAGCGCAAGUAGUAGAACGACCUUUAGAGCCUUCAGGAGGUGUUCCAACGGUGAACAAGGAUGGCGUACCAACCGUGGGCAAAGACGGUGUACCGCCUGCAAGUAAGGACGAUGUCCCACCGGUACGCAGCGUACCACCCUCGGUCAAAGACGGUGUACCGCCUGCAAGAAAGGACGAUGUUCCACCGGUGAGUGGCGUACCACCCGCGGGCAAAGACGGUGUAACACCCGCAAGUAAGGACGACGUUCCACCGGUAGGCAGCAUACCACCCUCAGUCAAAGACGGUGUACCGCCUGCAAGUAAGGGCGAUGUUCCACCGGUGAGUGGAGUAUCACCCGCGGGCAAAGACGCUGUACCACCUGCAAGUAAGGGCGAUGUUCCACCGGUGAGUGGCGUAUCACCCGCGGGCAAAGACGCUGUAACACCUGCAAGUAAAGACGAUGUUCCACCGGUAGGCAGCGUACCACCCUCGGUCAAAGACGGUGUACCGCCUGCAAGUAAGGGCGAUGUUCCACCGGUGAGUGGCGUAUCACCUGCGGGCAAAGACGGUGUAACACCUGGAAGUAAAGACGAUAUUCCACCGGUAGGCAGCGUACCACCCUCGGUCAAAGACGGUGUAACACCCGCAAGUAAGGACGAUGUUCCACCGGUAGGCAGCGUACCACCCUCGGUCAAAGACGGUGUACCGCCUGCAAGUAAGGGCGAUGUUCCACCGGUGAGUGGCGUAUCACCCGCGGGCAAAGACAGUGGAGAAAAAAAUAAUGAAACUUCAGCCAUAAAACAUGACAAAAGCGCUGCAAUAACGGACACGAAUACAUCAUCGACUGGAAGAAUUGUAGGCAUAUUAAUUGCCACAAUAAUCAUCGCUGCGGCGUUUAUAUGGGGUAUCAAAAUCAUUUAUCAACGAUACAAGGCCAAAACAUACGAUGUCAGAAGGCAAAACGUCGAACUUGGAAACGCUACAUAAAACGUAUAUUAUGGAUGGUUGAAUUAAAAUAAGUCUUACAAAUGUAAAAACUUUGAGCCAAAUAUUAUUAACUAGCUGUGCCUCGUGGUUUUACAUGCGUUAAUUUACUGUGCAAUUCGGGGACUUAAACGCACAGCGCGACGCGUUCCUAAUUUAUGCGUCCAAAUUACAAAGCUAUAAAAGACAAAAGUUUUUCUUCAUAUAAUUGCUUUGUAGAUGAAGUAUUUUUCAUUCGUUAGGAUUCACGUACUUGGUUAAUAAUAAUGCAAUUAAAUCAUCUUUUCAC